GAAGCUGUAGAAAUUCCCUAGCUGAAGAAUUUGUUGUUUCUUUUAGGGAACAUUUUUUUUUAAUUUUUGCUUUUUAUUCUCCCUGCCUCAGGAAGAAAAUGGCUUUUUUAAUGAAAAGCAUGUUAAGCAGCCAGGUAAAGAAUUUAGGCCUUGGUGGUGGAGGUGAGGAAAAGACAGAAGAAAGUAGUCCUUCUGACCCAGCUGCAGCAGCAGGAAUGACUAGAGAGGAGUAUGAAGAAUAUCAAAAGCAAAUGGUUGAGGAGAAGAUGGAGAGAGAUGCAGCAUUUGCACACAAAAAAGCUGAGAGAGCUUGUCUACGAGUUCAUCUAAGAGAAAAGUACAGGCUCCCUAAGAGUGAAAUGGAUGAGAAUGCAGUACAGAUGGCUGGAGAUGAUGUGGAUGAUGUGGGCUUGCCAGAAGACCUUCAGAAAAUGGUGGCAGAAGAUCAAGAAGAAGAAGAAGACAAGGAGUCUUUUCUUGGCCAGUUGCAGAACCUCCAGAACAUGGAUAUGGAUGCUAUUAAAGAAAAGGCUCAAGCCACUUUCACUGAAAUAAAGCAGACAGCUGAGCAAAAAUGUUCUGUAAUGUAAAAGGCAAGGCACAGUUUUGUGAACCAUAUGAAUUUAAUAUUGCAUCAUUGGGGCUGCUGGAGAGGGCAAGGACAAUUAAGGGAAUACCACAUAGUUCCACAGCAAUGUGUGUAAAUAUGAGGGAGAGAGACUUCUAAACCUCUAGGUGUUCACAAAAUUAGGUGAGUUCCCUG